AUGGCGGUCGGCUUGAAAGGUCUUCUCUCACUGAUCCUUCUUGUAAUCAUUUUAGCUUCGUCUUGGUUUAUUGUUGUUUUACUAGAUUAUUACACCGGACAUGGCAAGUCACUCAAGCCUCACUCGAGGGCAAAUGCGGCUCCAUUUCCGAGCGACAAAAUGGAAAAUAUUUUUUGGUUCGUGCAGGUAAGAACGAAAUGCACACGCAUCAUGUGAUUCUUUCCGGGCCGGUGUUUUUCUCAAAAAAAAGGUUUUCAUUUAACAUCUGCGCUCUUCUUUUGUUGAUAUAGUGUCUUUUUAUUCCGAGCAUAUAGGGUUGUUGUUUAGUCCGAAUGCGUAGGGUUUUUGAGGCGGGGAACUUUUUUUUUUUAAAUCCAUAUGUUCUUACAGUUGGAUUAAUUAACUUAUUUAGGAAAUUCUCCAUACUACCCUAUUUAGUCGUCUUGUUGUCAAUCUGCAAGUUUCUUUAUUCCGUGAACACAUAAGUUAUUAAUUUUGACAUUAAGGCACAGGGUAACUUCUGUGUGGCAAAUGCAAGAUUUUGCUUUCGGGCUAUGAGGACCACACAAGAAGAAUUUUUAAGUUAAGUGAAUUUACUCUAUUGAUUAUUGUAUUACUUUUGUAUGGUACAACCUUUGAAAUACAUUACAAUAAAAUUAUUACUUUAUAACAGUAUUACUAGUUUCGUUUUCUUAAAAUCCAUGACAAAUGGUAUGUUUCCUAAUAAAAUUAUUAUGUUAUUGUUCUAAGUUUAUUAUUUUAAUUCAUAAGGUAUCAGAUAUUCACAUCAGCAAAUACCGUGAGCCUCAAAGAGGUAAAGAUCUCAAGCAGUUUUGUAAUGAAAAUAUAGAUGUAAUCAGGCCCAUUGCAGUCUUGGCUACAGGUAAGGAAAUACAGUGUAACAAUGUAGUUUUUUUGUUAACAUGUAAUUUGAUUGAAUAAAAUACACUUUCUCAUGUUGGUCCAUUAUAGUUGUCACUCUUGUGUUUGGAGUGCAGUCAAAAUGCUGCCAGAGUCCUCACCUUGAUUAAAAUAAUGGUUUUGGGUGUGUUUGAAUGUCUCUGACAGCUAUAUAAUUAUCUCCAAGUUUACCAAUCCCUUUGGCUAGUGAGAUAGUGAGAGCUUGGUUGGACAUGUAGAUUUAGUCAGAGCUAAAAGCAAAGCUCCUGAAUGCAUUUUAAAUAAACUUCAGACAAUGGACUUUAAACGAUUGCAAAGAAAUCUAUACUAAUAACUUUAGGGGAGAACCAUAUUACUGAAAAACAUAAACUUGAAACUGCGAUCAAUGAAAAGCUAACGACUGGUUAGCAGAAAACUUCAAAAAACACAUGACCUCAAUGAGAUGGCACCUGGGCCAGCAAUGUGGUCAUGUGACAAUGGUCAGUGGAUACCCUGUUUUGACAGCUAUUAAUUGACCAUAAUGUGGAUGUCUAUUAAUUAUCAAGUCAGGUACAGGCUCCGGCACUAGCUAGGAAGUUUGACAUUUUACAUUGGUUUCCCUGUGAUGCAGACAGACAGACAGAUAUAUCUAGAUAGAUGUACAGUCAUGUGAUUACCAAAAUUUCUUGGAUGGAUAGAUUACCAAUUUUUCUUAGAUAUGAGGAUCUGCUCACAUGUGCGUGGAGCUCUGCUAUGAUACAAAUUGUUUUAUGCAUUUUUACUUAUUAAAGCUGUCAUUUAAAAUGUCCAGCCUUUUCCCUUUCAAUCGCAUCUCAUAUUAUGGAAGUCAUGAAAAUCACAUGUUUUAACCUUUUUUUGUCCUUUAAAAGGUGAUUUGACAGAUGCAAAGGAUGAAUCUAAACGUGGUUCUGAGCAGUAUAUAGAAGAAUGGCAAGAAUAUAACAGUAUCUUGAAGGAAACAAAAGUCCAGGAGAAAACGAAAUGGUUAGACCUAAGAGGAAACCAUGGUUAGUAAAACUUAUACUAAUAACAGAGUUUAAACUUGGUGGCCACAUAGCUACUGGGUAAACAUUGAGCUUUUAUGAUUUCUAUUUUAAUUUGAUCAUUAAUUGACCAGUAGCCAUAAACUCAUUACUCUGUAGAAGUCUUGUUGUGUCUGACUGAAACCGUAAUAGGGUUACAAGUCUACUGAGCUGCCUAAAUUAGAAAAUUUCUAAGGGUGAUUGUGCUUGUAAAAUGAAUAUUAGACAAAUAUGCAGUAUUCCACUCUAAUUACAUAGUUUUCUUAUGUUUACCUGUAACUAUUUGGCACUAAUAAUUGUUGUCACAUGCUGUCUUCAUAGGUUUAGUAAGAUCACUCAUCUGGCUUCAGAUGUAUGACAUGAUUGGGAUGUGUCAUUGCAUGUGUCUACAUUUUGUGAUUGUUUCGUGUAUUAUGUUUGCUAAUUUUUUUUACGCAUUGUUUAUUGUCUUUAUAUUUACUAUCAGAUGCAUUCAGUGUUCCUUCAAUCACAAGUGCUGAAAAUAUGUUCAAGUGAGUACGAAGAGUCAGCAUUUAUAAUUUCCCAAACUGAUGCCUAAAAUUCUGCUUACCUAUAUUACUGCACUUUUCACAAACAUGCGAAUUUUGAAGUUCAAAAGCCAACUGACGAUUGCGUUUUUCGCUGCUGUUAAUCAUCUUAACGGACCUCCUAGGAAACAAAACUUUACUUUAACGGGUUCAAAAGGUCAAGGUUUGUGAUUUGUGAUUGGUGGGUUUCGAUCCAUUUUGUGUGUUUUUGUGUUUCAAGGUUCGUUGCUUGUGAUCGUAAUUAUGAUUGACGGCAGUGAAAAACGCAAUUGUGAAGGCGGCUUUUGAACUUUAGAGUUCGCAUGUUUGUGAAAAGCGCAGUAAAAUGCCCAAUAAUCAGUAACAAAUAAAAAUAAAAAGUAAUAAUAAUGAUGAUGAUAAUAAUGGUGAUGAUGAUGAUGAUGAAGACAAUGAGGAUAAUAAUGAUUACUAUGAUGAUGAUGAUGAUGAUGAUGACGAUGAUGAUGAUGAUGAUGAUGAUGAUCAUAUGAAAAGCUGUGUAGUUCAGGGAUCUGUUACAAGAAGAAAUAUGGUAUAUGGAAAAUCAUAUACAAAAAAAUCAAUCAAAUGCAUUUUAGUAAGACAGUGCAUAGAAUGCAAUUAAGAAUAAUAAUAUUUAUUGAGGGAGAAAUUCUUUCCUUUUUUAGAGACUAUUCUUCAAGUGGUCCAAAGGGCCAUGCAGGUUCAAAGCCAUAUCAGUUUGUUUACCGAACUGAGUACGGUUCCUAUGCAUUCAAUGGAAUAGACCUCAAUCCAGAUCCGGGACCCAAAAGACCAUUUAAUUUCUUCGGCCAUGUCGAUCCAGUAGGUAUACCCAAUGUGUAGGUGUUGUGUGCGUGUGAGUACAUGACGUCAGGAGUUCAGGCUUCAGGAGUAAUCAUCGUUUGUUGCGACAGUGCUGUUUCAUAUUGUCCGAAAUUAUAGGACCACACUCAUCAGGCGUCUUCAACGAUUGACCGUUAAAAUUAAAAGCUGGCUGUAAAAUUUGGAUUGUUGCUAUGGGGAUGCAUUACAUUCCGGAGAUUGUAUCUACUAGGUAACAGAUGCAUUGUGUCUUACCUGUGCUACUCUAAAGUUGUGGUCCUAUAACUUUUGACCAUACGAAACAGCACUGUCUAAAUAAAUGGUGAUAACUCCUGAAACCUGAACUUCUGAAGUUAUUUAUAGUCAAUGCUCUUCAAUCAAAUGAAUGUAUGUGUAUGUACGUAUCAACUUCAUUUGAAGAUAAAAAUUAGAACAAAGAAAAUUAGGAAGAUGCAUAAAAGUUAAUUAAGGCCUUUUUAAAACUAUGUACACAUUCAUUCUUCUUUGGAAUUUGGUAUUGUAUUCCAUAAUGUUGCUACCCUCACACCAAGUGUAGGCCCCCCUUCCCCACCCCCCUUUGGUUUCAAACUUGAAGCGAGGGCAGACUAAGUUGAAGGAGCUAUUUCGACUAUUCCAAUUAUUAGUACAUCCGAAUUUAAUACCAGAAGAUCAUUCAUGUUUCCUGGACUAUGCCCAUAAUACGUUUACUUGAAUACAAAUGUUUACUUUCACAUGAAGUGGAAGCCAGUUUAAUUUCAUUAAUAGUUCAACACUGUUCGCUCUCAUGUCGGCGUCAAGGAUAAUGCGUGCACUUUACUUUUGGAGACGAAAAACCCACUGCAAAUUCAAAUUACCUGUGGGAGCACGCGGACCAUACAGUGGUGGCAUAAAGCAGUGUUUGAAAUAAUACAGAAGAGAACUGAAGUAACGAUGUCAAAAAAAAAAGAAAAGAUGUGAAAUUACAGGACAUGUUUGAAUAUUCAGAGAGACAAGAUAAAAAUUGUCCACUUGCUCAAAAUGAGCAUGUCAGGGUGUUGAGAUAUAAAUACCGUUAUGCUUUGAUGACUUUAUAUAAAUCCUUCUGAAAUUCACGAUUCUCACAUUGCCCAUAAUACACCUCAUUUACCCCCAAAAUUUUGCAUACAGUAACCAUUAUUUCCUAUUUCUGCUUAGUAUUACAAACAUUCCAGUCAUGCCAGCCAUCCCAAUGCGGGAUAUGCAACAUUUUGAGGGGUACAUGAAUAGGAUUUCAUCCACAGACUCACAAGUUAGAACAAUACUUUAUGGUUCCUGCCCUCCAUAUUGACUCCAGUCUCCAGUCACUUAAAAGGUUCCUAUAACACUAUCCACUGGAUAAAUAUCUGUCUGGUGGAUGAUGCAAAUGACUUUACUAUCCAGCAUUUGAGCAACCCAGGCCAGGGGUGAAAGGUAGGGUCAAGAUAGUGAGAGAUGACCAUAUCUUACUGGAGACACAAUUAUUGUUCAAGGGAUAACUGUCUCCUUUAAGUGAGUAUGUUGAUUGAUAUACCUCGUGAUUUUUUUCAAAGGAACGCACAAAUGAAAUGGAGAGAUUGGCUGAUGCCAGCAAGUCUUUUAAUAUGACGAUUUGGUUUGGGCAUCAUCCAUUUUCGGUCACAACAACACCCUAUGUUAGGAGGAUUUUAAGGUAAAGUUAUUUAGAUUGACUUGUACAUGUAUAUGUUACGGGUCAAAUUCAAUUUCAGGUUAACUAGUUUUUUUAACCUAGGUUGAUUCUCAAUGUCCUUUGUCUCCUAGCACCCUUAGUCCAUCCACAACGUAAUUUCUGAAAGAUUAGUUCCUUGAACAACUUGAAAUAUUCGCGAAAAGGUUUACAAUGAUGCAAAGUCAGAUUUCACCAGUGUCGCUGUGGUCAUCUAAUAUCGUAAUUCCCUUACGUUUGCUCAAUUAAAUAAUAAUUCUCUAAAGGUCAUUUGAAUUACCUUUACGGCACACCUGUACUGUUAUAAUUCUUUUCAGAUCAGGGGCCGUUUAUCUGUGUGGCCAUCUUCAUACGCUGGCAGAAAUUGUUCCCAAAAUGCACGCUGUACACGUUGACGGGCACUUGGAACUAGAGCUUGGAGACUGGCUGGAUACAAGAAAGUAAGAAUAACAUUCACAUAUAUUUGCAGCGAUAUAUAUAUGUCUUGAAUAAAUCAAUAAACGUUUUUGUUAAUUACAUAACAGUCAUCUCUUGCCUUGUGGAUACUUCAUUAUUACGAAGAACGCCAGUCUCGUCCCCAGUCGUCCUCGGCGAUUUCGAAGGAAACCUCAGGAGGUGACGUUACAUGUCAAGCUUAUCGAGAAAUUCGAGCUCAGUCAGUUCCAAGCCUCCUCUACUUACUCGGGUAGCAAGAUCUGGCCCGGGAACGAGGCUAGAAGAACCCGUCAGGACAUACAUAAGAUCGCAAAUUAAGGUUGCGUUCGAUUGGGAAAUCCGGAUUUCGGAUUUUGAAAUCGAACUCGAAAUCCGGGUAAUCCGAAAACGGAUUUCCCCUACGAGAAAUCCGUUCGCUGGGUGGAUUUCAAUUAGGAAAUCCAAAUGUGGAUUUCAUAGACUUCCUUUUUACCGUUCGAUUGGGAAAUCCGAAAAAGGAUUCGCAAAACUGCUUUCGUGAACAACGGUGUUCUUUUUGCUAAUUGUGCGUGUGCGUGCAAGACCGCUGCCCUUAAGGACAGUUUUUCAAAUCAAUUUUUUCGGAUUUCCCAAUCGAACGGUGAAAACGCAAAUCCAAAAACGGAUAUCGUCGAAAUCCAUUUUCAGAUUUCGCGUACGAUUGCAGAUCCGAAAUGCGGAUUUUAAAUUGUAAAUCCAGAUUUCCCAAUCGAACGCACCCUAAAAAUAGCCAUGCCUUCUUUCUAAGAAGUUUUGUUUUGGUUGUUUGUUUGUUUGUUUGUUUGUCUUUUUGUUUUUUCUCUAUAGCCACAGGCCACUUUCCUCCGCAGAGAUUCAGUCACGCGUUAUUGGAUUUCCCCUACGCAAAGUGAGUGCAGGCGCGACGACAGAACAUUUUCGUGCCCGCACUCACUCGCGCCAUGCCUCUCUCACUCUCGCCAAGCCCCUUUAUGCCUCUGCGGAGGAGAGAGGCCGCAGGCAGCACUUGAGCUGUCUGUCUUCACAAGGGUUUUUUGGGAGGAGUUGAUACUAAUAUUAAUUUUUCCCCUUCCUUAUCUGUUUCAGCUACAGAGUGCUGGCCGUUGAUCAUGACUUGAUCUCGUUUGUGGACGUGCGGUUGAACACGUGGCCUGUUGUGCUCAUCACCAACCCAAAAGACGCACACUAUAUCAUGCGGCCACACGAACCGCUGGGGAGAAUGAGAAAAUCAACUCACAUCAGGUCAUUAGAAUAUCAUUUCUCACGAACCAUGGUGAUUUCCGAUAAAUUGCUGGAACACUUUUCAAAUUCACUUCUGUUUUCUUGCCAAGAGGGGAGAGUUUUGAUUCAGGAUUGAUAAACAAUACAAAUCUCUCCUGUGAAUAGAGCAUCUUAACGCUUCUCCCCGCCCCACCUUUCUACGUGGGACGUUUCGAAGGAGGAGGGAGGGGUAGAUUACUACACACCCCCAUUCAUUUAUGAUGAUGUAAUGGAUAAUCAGCGACACAGGUUGGGUGACUUGAUGAUUUUAAGGAAAGGAGAACGGACCAUUUAUUGAUAAAGCCGAAUAGUACUGGCGUAAUAUUUUUGCCCAUGUUUUCUCGAUCGAUCUCCAGUGUUGCAUUUACCCCAUUGUUAUUAAGCGCGAUCCGGCACAAAAUAUUAACAUUCCUUAUUCGCCAAAGGUGCUGUUAGACUAGAUGAUUCGCAACGAUGAUUUUUAGCGCAACACAGCUUUGCAAUGUUUGAACGACGUUGCAACCAUUCGAAAGAAUGUUGUAAUGCUGUGUUGGGCUAAAAUAUAAAAUUGCCGUUGCGAAUCGUCCCAAGUAAUAUCGCCUUAAUAUUCAAAUAGUGUCGCGGUGAAUUUUGAACUUGAUCGUUCCGUAAACUUCCUUGUGACGUACUGUGUCUUUUAUAUGACCCACCAUUAACAAAGGUUUUCUUUAUGUCAGGCUCGGCUCGCAGUCCCUCAGGAUUGUCACACGCGUGAGCUCGUUUCUUGCGAGCGAGCGAGCAAGCGAGGCAAACGCGUGAGGGACUGCUAUCCGUCUUUAUGUAUUUAUCUGUGACUUGCAUGGUAUCUCCCGCGACCUAAAUCAGCGUCUUCGUACUUGAGAAAGUGUUGGCCUUCGUACAGUUUCCAGUGCUCUAACGAUCACUUUAUUUUCUUGGACUGAAUUUUUUACUUGUCACAGGUUUCUGGCUUUCUCUCCGUCUCCUAUCGAAUCUACGUUUGUUGAGAUUGAUGGCUCUCCUCUUGAAUUACCCGCUACCCAGGUACAAGGACCACUGUUUGCCUGCCAAUGGGACCCAGAUAAGUACUCCUCAGGAAUUCACUCUAUGACGGUCAAAGUUCAGGUACAUUACUAUCCUCGAUUUUUCCAAUCACGAGAAAAAACUUUGACUCACUGCCUGAAUACUCCUCUGGAAUAAUGCUCCCCGCCCCCCGCCCACCCGCGCUCUGUGACUGUUGACAUUGCCCUAUUUUGUCGUUAGAUCGUCUAGAUCGAGUUCUUACUAUGAUUAGCGGACAUCUUGGUUCCAAUUGUAUUUAGUGUACUUGCUUCAGCUGGGAGAGAAGUAGAGUAUCAAAUCUACAUAGGAACGGGGUUUGCAUGGUUUUCUGUAGUAUUAGCUCAGUCGAUCUUACCGAUACCGGAAAAUGGGGACUGCAAACAGCAUCAGGGCAUGAUUCCUAAUGACUACAGAUUUUUUUGAAAGCCCUAAUCUAGGAAGCAGGAUGAAAGUAUGAGUUUGACGCUAUAAGUGACUUGGUAACAAAAACGUUUUUGCCCACAUGUAACCCGCAAAUGUAGUGUCCUACAGGAAUGUCCGGGGAAAAAGGUGCGGGGAAAUGGUUAUUCUUAACCAUAGUUUGUACCAUUUUGACCAACCACACACUCCAGAGGCGAAGUUUUAAGGCCUAGCGCGCUUUUUGAGUUGGCCAGAUUUAUCUCAGUCAUCUUUAUGUGUCGCCAGUUUUCCCUAGCGUGAGAGAUUUCUCGAUACUCCACCACUGUAAAGUUAUAUUUACAUGAAGUGUAUUUUUUUGGCACAGGAUUCUGCUGGUCGUACCACAUCGCGUACUCAGUUGUUUUCAUUGGACGGGUCCCGACCGGCACUGGAUCUCAUCCCAGCCUUUCUUAUGUUGACGGAUUUUACUAUGCUGGUAGGAAUCAUCCACUGACUAGAGUAUCAUCAAAUAACCUUUCUCAUACAAUCUUUGCGGCUAUGACCGUUGAUGCGAUACAAUCGAAACUGGUUCAAAGGACUGUCUUGCGAUUAAAAACCUCGCAAUUCCUUACGACGGCAGUUUACCUUAGUUCAUACGGAAAAACUGCGUCAGUGUAUUUUUUGUUUUUGUUUUGUUUUGUUGUUGUUAUUUUGUUGUUUUGUUUUGUUUUUUGUUUUGUUUUUUGUUUUGUUUUGUUUCUUUUUGUUUUGUUUUGUUUUUUCCGUUGUUUAGUUUUUCCCUUAUACAUAUUUCUUUCUCUGCUCACCUGCGAAACUUCAGAUGAAUCAAAUCUAAACUGGCGCUUAAUGUAAUUCGCUGAUUUAUUUGGCCCCUGUCUCUAGAAAAAUCAAACGUAUGAAACAUGUCGAAGUCGUUUAAAGGUUCAUGUUGUUGUUGUUGUUGUUGUCGUAUUUCCCUUUGUUUCGGUUUUGUCCCCAGUUUGGCUUACACGCGGGCAAAGGAAGUUUUCUUCAAACGACCGUUGAUAACAGGGACAAUAUGGUGAACUGUGGUCGUUACCAAAAAACAAACAAACAAAGAAUAUCAUGUCAAGUGCUCUUCUUCCAUUUCUUCUUGCAAUCAGAAUCGUUGAUUUAAAGGUUCUUUUUAGAUGCUCAAAAUGAAGUAAAUUUCUUCAGUCAGUGGUAACUGUAAUUGGUCAGGAGUGAAAAGGAAAGAUUUUAGAGUGAAAUUGUUACUCUUUUAUUGCAGGGCCGCGUUCUUUUCUCCGUUUUCUUCUUUAUUAUCGUGCUUGGACUGGCUUUCCUGAGACAAUGUGAUUCCUCUACUUGUAAAGGUAUUUUACGCAUUUGUUUGUGUGUUUGUUUGUUUGUUUGUUUUUAUUUUUAAUUAUGAAAGGUCUUACAUCUUCGCAAACCACAUUCUCCCGUUUGUAAAGAUAACGGUCGAAGAUCAAGAUUGUCCAGUUUCACUGUAUUUCAAACCAGAAAAAAGUGACUUCAAUUCCAGAAUAUCUCGGUAACGCUCCCACAUAUUUCGCUCAAACUUCGCGAACAUCGGAGGCGGCAAUUGGAGGAAAAAGCUCCUGUGAACGAUGUUGGAAAAAAAGUUCCAAUGCCGAGAAAUACGGCUGCAAGUAAAAUAGAUGAUGACGCCAUUUCGUUACUGUGACAGCUCUGAUGUCAUUGUAACCUUGUUCAUAACAAUUUUUUAUAUUUAUCUAAUCCAGCUGUGGCGGUCAUUUUUCCAAAUCUUUGUUGAUGGCAACGCACUUUAUGCUCAAACACGGGAGGUAUUGACCCUGAAAAAAAAACCAUCGAGCCACACCUUAAAUCCUCUUUUUUAAUUUUGUCUUAUCAGGAUUUCUCUGUGGCGCUUUGGGCAGGUGGUGGAAUCGACUGCUCUUUCUUGCUCAUGCGGAUGAUCUUUUCUAUCCAUUGUUCUUGUUCGGCGUUUAUACUGGCAUCGGUAAGAAAACAGGUUGCUAUUUGCCACUUAAGAAACGAGAGGAGACUGGGCCGAACUAACUUGCGCAAAACUUUCUGGGACUGUUACUGCUGAAGCCAGUAAAAAAUGGCCAAUAUCUGACCAGAGCGUCCCCAAUAACGAUCCUAGAGACAUUUGCGGAACACAGGGCGGUGUCACAGUGAUAUUGGCAUCCCCAUUCCCAAAACCCUAGUGAUAUGGGCAUCCCCUGUAACCCUAAACCUAACCCUAACCCAAAUCGCUAAGGUAAUACGAGAAGGGAAUGCCCAUAUCACUAGAGUUUGGGGAAUGGGGAUGCCCAAAACGCGGAGAUGCCCUUAACACUGCAACGGUGGCUCCAGUCCCCGUCUCGUUUUAAAGUGGUGCAUGCAUGCUUGUUAUUUCGAAAUGGUGGCAAAUAUUGCUUUCUCUCUAUGUCUUUGUUAGUUAACCCUCUUUGCCUUGAUUGCAUCUGCAGAACUAAAACAAAUUUUUACCUUUGAAUUAGAAAACCAGGAACGAAGUUGUAUUUUGCGAUCAUGCUAUCGUGGUAAUUUUAGCACUUACCAAACGAUCACAGAAUUGACUAAAGAAUCAAGAACAAAGCUACUUCAUACUGUAGUAGAACACAAGACAACUCGAAAAUAGAAACGAGCGCAGAUGAGGGAUACUUAAGAAGAUUAGAAAUGAUUUUAUUUUGAUCAAAGUUUGCAUCAAUUUGCAUAAAGGCGUGACUUACUGUAAGUUUCAUCUCAGGAUCAUCUGUUUGGUAUGUCUGGCAAGAUACUCGAGUUUUAAGUCCUUUAACCCGUUUUGAAUUUAGUUUCUCACUAGCGAACUCUUUUGAAUGUUUUUGCGAUAGAGUAGAAUGACCAAUAACUUGCUAAAACAUUGAAUAGCUGCAUUCAGCAUCGAUGUUGGCGGAGAUAGCCUGGUCGAACCGAUAGGGCGCCAGAAUGUUAUUUAGGGUUUGGGGGUUCACGUCGUUGUGUUUAGCUAGACCAGGGUAAAACUCUUUCCCAAUGCUCAAAAAUACCCAACGAGUUGGUCCCUGGCAGUCGAGAUCAUAGCAUUAUCUAUAUUUCUUUAACGGUUUGUAUAUACGGUUUACCUAAUCUUGGUGCGUGACAGUGUUGAGAAUAUGAUGGUCAGUGUUGUUAAUUUGCGCCUUUGAUAACACGUACUUUAAAUGUACGUGUUUUACACAGAGAAAGACAUCCUUUUUAAACAUUUUAAAACGUCUGAAUAUAUUAUUGGAAUAGACUGUACUUAAAACAUUUUAAUUACUUAAGGGUAGUUUUGUUGUUGAGGUGUAGAUUGGAAGUGUGAUUUACUUGAUUAAUGAAUAAUUCACUUCUGUUCAAAUUUAUUACUAUUAUUAUUAUUGUUAGCAGUAGUAGCAGUAGUAGCAGUAGUAGCAGUAGUAGCAGUAGUAGCAGUAGUAGCAGUAGUAGCAGUAGCAGUAGCAGUAGCAGUAGCAGUAGCAGUAGCAGCAGUAGCAGUAGCAGUAGCAGUAGCAGCAGCAGCAGCAGCAGCAGCAGCAGCAGCAGCAGCAGCAGCAGCAGCAGCAGCAGCAGCAGCAGCAGCAGCAGCAGCAGCAGCAGCAGCAGCAGCAGCAGCAGCAGCAGCAGCAGCAGCAGCAGCAGCAGCAGCAGCAGCAGCAGCAGCAGCAGCAGCAGCAGCAGUAGCAGUAGCAGUAGCAGUAGCAGUAGCAGUAGUAGCAGUAGUAGUAGUAGUAGUAGUAGUAGUAGUAGUAGUAGUAGUAGUUAACUUAGUGCUUUCAUUGGCUUCUAUGUUUUGUAAAAGGAUUAAGAGGUUCGUUUACCUUUGUCCUCUCAGGUCCCUGGUUUGUUGGUGAAAUGACUCGCGGUCACCUUGGCGCUCUGUUUGUACAUGGAAUGUAUGUCAAAGGACACUGGAUUCCAGGCUCUUUAUCAUAUUACUACGGUAUCGUGCAGGUGUGGUUAUUUGAACUAAUUUUUCUUUAAACACGGGGUUUGUAUGGGCUUUGGAAAUUCUGAAAAGUCCUGGAAUUGUCUCCUGACACUUUCCAAGGCUGCAGAUUCCCAAACGAUGUUUGUAACUCAUCGAAAGUCAGGAAAAUUUCUAUACACUUCGUUUUUGUUUAUUUUGCUUUGUUUGUUUUAUUAGCCUGCGUAACAAGCGUUUCCUCGCGAGGUUCGUCUAGGAAGCUGGGACAAGAGCAAAAAAAAAAAAGAAAAUGAAUGACAGGGGAGGGGGAGGGGAAAGAAGGAACCUCCCUCUCUCCUCCUCCUCCACUUCUUCCCUCCCCCUCCCCAUUCAACCUUUUUUUUUUGCUUCCGCUCUAACUUUCGCGCAAUAACUCGAUUGGAAACGCUUUCUACGCAGGCUAUUGUUUUAUCUGUUUGUUUUUACAAAAUCAAGCAUUGUAUUCACUGUUGUCUCCAGGUUCCAUUUUGUACGGUGUAUUGUCUAAAACACUUUGGUUAGGUGCUGGGGCCCGUUUCUCAAAAGUCCCAGUAACUUUUCAUGCCCAAAAUGAAUAUUCAAAUCAAAAUCUAAAGGUACAAAGCGCAAACCAAUCCAUUUUGUUUCGCUGAGAAUGAAGUCAUGUGCACAUUAUCGACAGAACUCUUUAAACCUCGAUAUCUCGAAUGCAAACAUCAACUAAACAGCUAAUUAAUUAUCAAAAUUUCAGUGAAAAAGGCCCCGGGAAAGUUGUUUUUAAAAAUGGGUACGAGCCCUGAUUCUGAAAAGUAGACAGACGUGGACAGGUAAAUUCUGUAGAAAAUCGUUCUUUUCUUUUGUUAACACGUUUUCUUUUUCACUUAUUUCAGCUGGUUAUGUUCCAUUUGCCCUUGACGCUAUACCUUGCCUAUUUUUUGGAGAUAAAUAUUCGACCCGUUUACAUCAAAACUUCUUCGAAAAGUCAUUCUCAUUCCUCUCUCGGUAACAUUAUGAGUUUCCUCAAGAAGAGCCUAGCCCAUAUCGUAUUCCUUUGCCUGGUGCUUUGGCAAGCAUCGUCGUCUUAUGUUAAUGUGCUACGGGCUUACGGAACGCUAGCUUUUCUACUGAGUCCUGCAAAGACGUGGUCUGUUAUAUUCGCAUUGUAUUUAUUUUGGAGGGUCCACAGACCUAGAAAAAAUAACUAAAUUAUUGAAUAAUUGUUGAGCCGUAGCAUUUAGGAGAAAAUAGGGAGUUUAAGCAACCAGGACGGCAAUAGCAAUGGGGAUGUCAUUCAUAAAAUACGUUCGUGUUCAUUUAAAAUUUAUAGUGGUAAGGUUUUGCUUGAGUUGAAUUUGUAGGGAGGACAU